AUGCCGACACCCAACGUGGCCGGGUUCAGCACCCUCCGGGCAAGGGCAUACCUCUUCCGGCUGCCGCUGUUCACGCGCGCCGUCCUGGCCGCCAUCGGCCUGUUCUGGAUCCUCGGUGUGCAGGUCUGGUGGGACGUUCGCGCUUGGGGCGCGCUGGUGCCGGACAAGCUUGGUUUUGCGACGCUGUACCGGCUCAAUACCUUCCCGUUUAUACACCUGAACGUGUUCCACGCGCUCAUGAACGCGCUGGCGCUGACGCCGCUGCUGGAGCGCUUUGAGAGCGAGUAUGGCACGCUCACGUCGCUGGCGCUCUUCUUUGGCCCGUUGACCACACUGCCGGCGUUCAUGUACGUGGCGGUGGAAAAGUGGAUUCUGAGGGCCGAUACGGCUGUUAUGGGCGCUAGUAUGUGGGUGUUCGUCCUGCUCGGCAUGGAGGCCAUCCGCACGUACAAGGCCAACCCGUAUCUGGUCGUGGGCACACACCAUAUUCCCACGUGGACGACGCCCAUCGCGCUGCUGCUCUGCGUAGCGGCUCUCGUGCCGAGCUCGAGUUUCCUCGGGCAUCUCGCCGGGUUGCUGGUUGGGUAUAUUUGUGGCUUAGGAUAUCUGAAAUUCCUGGCGCCGCCGGAAAGGGUGCUGCGUUGGGUCGAGGGAAAGCUGAACCUCCUUGGGCGGCUGCCACACUACGUCAGCGUGGACCAGAAGACGUACGGCCGGUUCGGCGUGCUGCCUUCGUCGGGAUCUCCGCCUCCGACGAGUGUUGCGCUGCCCCUGUAUCCGUACCCAGUUCCAGAACACCAGGCGCAACCAUCGCGAGAAAGCUUCUGCGAGGAGCACCUCGGCACUGCAGCCGGUCAAGAUGCCAAGAUUACUAGUGCAUUGCAGUUGCGACGCGAUCCGCGCAUCCUGAAGCUCCCGCCGUACCUUUCGCUGCUCUUCGUCGUCGUCGGCGCCGUCUGGCUCUUUCUGCUCCCACUCGACCAGUACUCGCGGAGAACCUACAUAUCGGAAAACGCGCUUCUUCCUGGGCAGGUACACACCUACUUCGGCGGCAGCGACCAGAAUGUGUUUCGGGCCUACAAGCACGAGGUGAAUGCGUUGGCGGGCAAGAGCAAUGUCGAGAUCAACAACAGCUUGGAACCCAUCGUCAAGGGUCUCGGUCUCAAGACAGCCCGGCAAAACUUCACCUACCACGCUGCAGGACGGACCUAUGCUGGCGAGAACCUGUACGCCAUCCUGCAGGCACCGCGAGGCGACGCUACCGAGGCCAUUGUGCUGGUUGCUGCAUGGGAGAACGUCAAGCAUGAGCUCAACCGCAAUGGCAUACCACUGGCGCUGACGCUGGCGCGGUACUUUAAGCGCUGGUCGCUGUGGUCCAAGGAUAUCAUCCUGCUGCUUACCCCUGACAGCAUUGCCGGCCCCCAAGCCUGGGUCGAUGCCUACCACGACGCACACGACCCGUCCCGCGUCGCCAGCCUGCCCCUCAAGUCAGGCUUACUGCAGGGCGCCAUUGCCAUCGACUACGCUCAGGAAGGGCGCUUCGAGAGCCUGCACAUCGUCUACGACGGCGUCAACGGCCAGCUGCCGAACCUGGACCUCAUCAACUCGGUCGUCAGCAUUGCGCGCGGCCAGAUGGGCAUUGACGUGGCGCUGCAGGAGAUGUGGCGCCACAGCGAUGACUACAAGGACCGCCUGCGCACCAUGCUACGCGGCAUGCUGAAGCAGGGGCUCGGCCUGGCCAGCGGCCCGCACAGCAGCUUCAUCCCGUACCACGUCGACGCCGUGACGCUCCGGCCGUUCGGCGAGGGCUGGCAGGACGAGAUGGCCCUGGGCCGCGUCGUUGAGGGUUCCUUCCGCAGCCUCAACAACCUGCUGGAGCACCUCCACCAGAGCUUCUUCUUUUACCUGCUCAUGCAUCGUGAGCGCUUCGUCAGCAUCGGCACCUACCUGCCCAGUGCCAUGCUGGUGGCCGCUAACUUUACUAUCAUGGCUAUCGCCUUGUGGGUCAAGAGCGGACACUCGGAAGGCGGCGGCCAAGCAACGGCAGACAGCAAAACCGUAACCCCCGCCAACCAUGCCGCCGAGCGUGACCUGUCCCUUCCGCUGGGAGUGGUCACCCUCUGCCAGGUCCUCUCCGUCAUUCCGCUAUACCUCUUCAACCAUGUCCCGGAAAGCGCCUUAACCCCGCUCUUCAUAACCUUCGCCCUGCUCAACACCCUCCUGCCGCCAGUCCUCUCGCACCUGUUGGCCACAAAGACCACCUUCACACUCGCACAGUACGACCUCGUUCAAUGCUUCUCCCUCCUGCUGCUGGGCAUGUUCCUCUCAUCCCUGGCGACGCUCAACUUUUCUCUUGCGCUCAUCAUCGGCCUGCUGGCCGCGCCGCUGUCCUUUGUCCGGCCAUUCUCACCCUCGCCCACCUCUGGAUUGAAGCGCAUCGCCUGCGCGGUCCUGCUCAACGCCGUCAGCCCCACGGCCGUGCUCCUCGCCGGCGCGCUCUACUGGCGUCUCGACGUUCGGAGCGUUCUCCGUGAUGCCGCCGUCGCCUGGCACGUCACGGGCACCUACUCGCCCGUGGUUGUGUGGUGUGUCUGGUGGCCGGCUUGGUUGGCGGGCCAGUUAAUUGUUCUGGCGCGUCCCGCUCCUGCUUCUGCUUCUGCACGGCGGUCAAAUGGGGCAUGGGCAGGGGAUGAUGGCAAGGUGAAGGGUGAGUAG